GAACCGUCAGUUCCAUCUCUCACCGACAUCCGAACUCGUGUCCGCGAGAAGUUCGGUCAGCGUCCAUGCUUAUGGCAGCUACAGGCUGUACAGGCUAUCCUGCGGCGCGACAAAGAUGUUGUGUGCAUUGCUGGCACCGGGUCGGGGAAGACCCUUACAUUCUGGAUGCCGCUACUCUUCCGUCCAGACGGCAUCCAGAUAGUAGUGACACCUCUUAAUAUUUUGGGAGAGCAGAACACACGGGAGCUCCAGCAGAACAGGAUCUCUGCCAUUGCCCUUAAUAAGAAGACGGCUACACUGCGGAAUAUGAGGGAUAUUGAAGAGGGGAAGUAUCGAGCUAUUACAGUGAAUCCGGAAAUCCUCUCCGGGCGCUUCGAGAAUCUGUGGAAGAAUGUUCAGUUUACACAGCGCCUUAUUAGCAUAACCUGGGAUGAAGCCCAUUGUGUCAGUACUUGGGGCGACUUUCGAGAAGAAUAUAGGGAGGCGCAUCGUCUGCGCUAUAUUAUCCCCCGCCAGAUUCCAUUCUACCUCCCGUCAGCCACGAUGCCUGAUGUAGUACUGAACGAUGUUAUGCGGAUCCUC